AUGGAAAUAUCUUUUAAGGGAAAGCGAAUUCUUGUAACCGGCGCUGGACAAGGAGUCGGCAGGGGUAUUGCUAUUGAACUUUGGCGAGCCGGUGCAAAUAUAGUAGCGUUAUCAAAAACUAGGAUCCAUUUAGAAACGUUACAAAGUGAAUAUCCAUCUAUUGACAUUGUUGAUGUCGACUUAGCAGAUUGGGAAAAAACUCGAGCUGUGGUUGAAUCAUUAGGACAUUUUGACGCAUUAGUAAAUAAUGCUGCAAUCGCAAUUUGCGAACCAUUCCUCAGUUGUUCACCCGGAGACUUUGACAAGACUUUUGACGUCAAUGUAAAGGCUGUAUUAAAUAUUAGUCAAGUAGUUGCAAGAAAAAUGGUAGAAAACAAAACGCAUGGUACCAUUGUAAAUAUUUCCUCUCAAGCUUCAAAGGCUGCUUUAAAAGACCAUGCCAUAUAUAGUUCCUCUAAAGCAGCGCUAGAUGCGCUUACUCGUGCCAUGGCCCUUGAACUUGGCCCACAUGGUAUUAGAGUAAAUGCUGUCAACCCCACCGUUAUCAUGACUGCUAUGGCGAAAGUAGGAUGGGCAGAUCCCAACAAAGCAGCAGAAAUGAAGUCCAAAAUACCUCUUGGCAGGUUUGGAGAGGUUUCAGAAGUAGUUAAUGCUGUUGUGUUUUUACUCAGUGACAGAUCUAGUAUGAUCAAUGGCGUGGAGCUGCCUAUUGAUGGAGGAUUCCUUGCCACAUAA